CUAGAGGUGUUUUUCCGUGCAGCUGUAGAAAUAAGACAGUUCGCCCCGUGCGCAUUUUAACACACCUCUAUCACAACAACCUAAAUUAAUUGACUAUGCGUUUCUCCUUCCUCGCGCUUGCGCUCGCCGGCUCGGCCGCCGUGACAGUCGCAGAGAGCGAAUACGACCGCCCCGAUCUCGCGGACACAUACUGGGACGUGAGCAUUUCUACACAGUCCGGUCGCCCAGGCUACAGCAUCCGCGACUUCAACGCUACUUUCCAUUCAUCAAUCACCAAUGUCAUUGAGGGAAAGUGUCACUACAGCUUCGUGCCACAAGGAACCAGUGCGCCUGCCGAGACGGAUGUGUGUAGCACGGGAUUGAAGUAUGAAUGGGACUACACGAACGUUACGUUCCUGGAGCAAACGCUCGUUAUGGGUAACGACACUUUUUGGAUUUACGGACUGUCAACCAAGAUAGAGACAACUCGCAGGAGCGAUGGCAUGAGCAGCACGACCAAGGGUAAUGGCAAGGUGGAUAUCAGCCAUUAUUGUAUCAAACCCGGAUCGGGGACCUACAGUGGAUGUGGAUACGCUAACGGCUGCGUAUCCACGAAAUGCAACAACGAGAAGACAGGUGCUGCUUGUUACAGGUAACACAAAGGAUUCUCUCCUUGACAUAGGGUGAAGGGGUUGAAGGCCAACC